AUGGAGCAGCUGUGGAGAAAUCAGACUCCAGUGGGGGAGUUCCUCCUGGCAGCUCUUUCCCCUACUCCACAGUCCCAGGCUGUCUUUUUUGCCAUGUUCCUCUUGGUCUACAUCUCCACACUGGUGGGUAAUAUCCUCAUCAUGGUGAUGGUCAGCUCCGACCCCCGCCUCCGCACACCCAUGUAUUUCCUGCUGGGCAACCUCUCCUUCCUAGAUCUGUGCUACUCCACCAUCAUUGCCCCCAAGAUGCUGAUGGACUUCCUGUCUGAGAGGAGGAGUAUUUCUUACCCCUGCAUGGCCCAGCUCUUCUUCCUGCACUUCGUGGGAGCGGCUGAGAUGUUCCUGCUUACCGUCAUGGCCUAUGACCACUAUGUGGCCAUCUGCGAGCCCCUCCACUACCCCAGCAUCAUGAACUGGACCCUAUGCAGCUGUCUGGUGGUGGCUUCCUGGACAGGAGGGUUCAUCCACUCCGUGGUCCAGACCAUCCUCAUCAUGCAGCUACCCUUCUGCCGGCCCCACCGGGUGGACAACUUCUUCUGCGAUGUCCCACCAGUGAUCAAGCUGGCCGGCACUGACUCCUACAUGGUGGAGCUACUCAUGGUCUCCAACAGUGGGCUGAUCUCCACCAGCUGUUUCAUUAUCCUGGUGGUCUCCUACACCACCAUCUUGGUGAGGAUUCACUCCCCUGAAGGGCGGCACAAGGCGCUCUCCACCUGUGCCUCACACCUGACUGUGGUGACCUUAUUCUUUGGGCCCUGCAUCUUCAUCUGCACCCGGCCCUUCUCCAUCUUCUCAGUGAACAAGCUGGUCUCAGUCCUGUACAACAUCAUCACCCCCAUGCUCAACCCCUUGAUCUACAUGCUCAGGAACAAGGAGGUGAAGUCAGCCAUGAGGAAAAGGGGCAUUACUUCCAGGGGGAAGGUAAUAGUCUGA